AUGCAGCUCCUGAGCUCACUCUUCCAGGAGCUGCCAACCUCCUCCUCCUCCUCCACCACCAUUCGCACCACGCACUGGAGACCUUCCUCGCCGGCCUCCCGAACGAGCGACCAAGAAAUCCUUGAUAACAUAGACGGCCGCAUGCACGGCCCUAUGGGCGGGUUUAUCAAGAGAUAUUUCACCAAUUUUCAAUAUGUCCACCAGGAUGCUGCAUUGGAAAUUCACGCCGCCGGAAAGGUUGUUGGCCGUUGUGUUGUUCCAACAGCGGCCCCAUCGCCCGGCAAUUUCCUACAAUGGUUUUCCAGCUAUGUCUCGCGGGAGCUUGGCGGCGCUCGAGGCUCGUGGCAUAUAUCCGGAGACCGUGGUGCACCUAAGCAUGGGGGUCCUGACAACGGUGCACGUCUCCUCUUGACCGUGCCUGCUUCGCCGCCCUCCAACGUACAGAUGAGGUGGGACGACGUCCAGGUUAUUGGCCAGUUCUACCCUCGCCGUCACGUUCAUUAUCAGGAUGGACUAUUGCGCCUCUGCCGGUCCGCACACGAGGUCUUCGCUAGCCAGCCUACGCGGCUCUUCUUGCAUGGCUUCUACAUACGUGGUCCACUCAUCGAACUUUGGGUCUUUGAUCGAUCCGGCUUAUAUUGCAGCGAAGUCUUGGAUAUUGAGAAAGACUUCAUCCAAUUUCUAUCAAUCAUCCUCAGCUACCAGCGAAUGACGGACCAGGAUCUGGGGAAAACCAACAUCAUUGAGACUGAUGAGGGCGGCAGCUACCUUAUCCCUGAUACUGCGGUGAUACCCUCUUUGGGCAAGCUCUAUCUCGAAAGCCAAGCAAUUACGUCUCGCGAAGGCCUUGUUGGCACCGGGACUGUUUGCUACCGGGCUAGGUUGCCUGGCUCGAAUCGGUGGGAUUACGUCUUGAAGUUCAAAUGGCGCUGGGCCAGGGAGCGUCCGGAGGAUGAACUUCUGAAGCUGGCCAAGAAGAAAUGCGUCUGGGGUGCCGUCUCAGUCGAUUAUUACAAAGAAGUUGAGAGUACGGCAAAUCUACGACGAGGCAUGCGGUGGGGGACACACAGAAAAUUCGCCAAGAUGGACUCUCCUGAGAAACCUGGACGUGUCGAAGAGCUGCGACAAAACGGGUCUGGGGAUGCCGGCGGACUUGCCGACUAUACACAAGAAACCGACAGCUACUUUCAAAACCGGAUUCUUGCAUGCAUCGUUACGUCCCCUCUCGGCAGACCGCUUCACACCUUUAAGUCUUUGCUAGAGUUGCUUCAAGUGUUUCGUGAUGCUAUCAAGUGUCACCGGUCACUCUAUGAUGACGCCAAGAUUCUUCACCAAGAUAUAUCCUCGGGGAACAUGAUCAUUCUGGAUAACGAAGAUGAAAGAAAGCCAAAGGGGAUCCUGAUAGAUCUCGAUUCCGCAAUAGAGCUCGACGAGGGGUUAGAAACAGAGCAUGGAAUUGUUGGCACCAGACCAUUCAUGGCGAUUGGCGUUCUGAAAGGUGGAUGCCAUACUUAUCGACACGACCUGGAGUCCUUCCUUUACGUUUUCCUGUGGACCAUAAUCACGAAUCAUACGGAGAAGCUCCCGGAAAAAAGUAAACUUCGACAGUGGAGUGAUGGCGACUGGGACGAAUUAGCGACACGCAAGUCUCUUGACAUGGAUCAGAGCGGCUUCCAGGGUAUUUUGGAGGAAUUUCCUCCUGAAUUCCACCCCCUUAAGCCUCUCGCCGAAAGUCUACGUCAAAUUCUAUUCCCAGUACGGGAUGGGAUAAUUUGGACAGGGACGGACGACUCGCUCGAGGCCGCAGACAGGCUCUACGACGGAAUGAUCCAGAUGUUCGAAGAGGCCAUUGCUUCCCAGAGCCGAAGAUAG